AUGGGUGCAAUGGUUCAUUCUGCACAAUGGUUGGCCCUCGGUGUGUCACGUGGUGACGCUCCUGAAGAAUGUGGUGACGUCAUCGGAAAGGCUUCAGGUGACGUCACAGCUCACGAGAUGCACGUCUAUGCGCAGGCAGAACCCAAGAUCUUCAUUACGGUAUCUUCUCUCGCCGAUGAAACCAGCGAGCGUCAACUAGAACUGAACUGGUAUAAUCACGACAGCCUUCUCGAGCAAGACCCAGGUCUCUGGGUUGGCCUGUAUUCCACAAACCCGUUGGCGAUCGACCAGGCUACGAACCAGCCAGUAUCGAGAGCCAUGGUCGCAGAUCACCCGUACAACUUCUUCCGAACAAAAGUACAGCUACCGAGGCUGACACUAACUCCAGCAACCAUUUUCCGAGGAUGCCUCAGCUACUGGGCUGCUAUGGUACACUCUAACGGUGACGUAGCUGCGACGUCGUGCCUCAGCACGCAGCCGGAUUGGAUGUGGAAGGAAAGGGAGGUGCUUGAAGGCAGGCCAGUGACGGAUGUUAUGAUCCCUGGAGCGCACGACGCCGGGUCGUACAGCUAUUUGGACGAUACGUACAGGCAUCCGGUAACGAGAUUCGUCUACUGUCAAGAAGAAAGCAUCUUCAAUCAGUUGGCGUUUGGGUUACGGUUCUUCGACCUGCGCGUAGCGUACGAUGAAUUAGACGGACAGUUCUACGUCAGUCAUGGAUUAUAUACGACAAACAGGACAUUGAAUGAGGUAAUUCAAGACGUUAAAUCCUUCUUAGAGGCUACGAAGGAAAUUGUAAUAAUCGAUUUCCACAGCUUCGACCGUGGUUUUAAGGGAAAUCCUUUGCAAGAAAAGCUGCAUCGCGAACUCAUCCACCUUCUGACCGGUGGCCUAGAAGAAUACAUGGUGUCAACGAUCAGAGCCCCAUCUCCAACGUUUGGAGACCUGUGGUCCUCAGGGCAACGACUUAUCGUCGGUUACAAGUCGCCUUACCGUUCUCUAAGCAGUCUUUUAUUCCCACCAGUGCGCCACCUGUGGGGAAACGUGGACGAACCGAAAGCGCUGGAAGCCUAUCUGAAACGUGUCGUCUGCAAGGACAGCCACGAUAGCCUCAGUUCUGCAAUGGCAGAAUUGACGCCCAACGCGAUCGGGCUGCUGACGAAUCGGUACAGGUCACUGAGACACAUGGCUGAUCAAGUGAAUAGGAAUGUAACGACGUGGUUCAGGGACUGGUUCUGGAAAUGCGCCAAUAUCGUGGCUGUGGACUAUUUCCUGGGAUCAGGAAUUGUGGAAGUUGCGAUAGAAGCAAACAGAAGAAGGCACAGCGCGAAUAGGUGGUGGAAGGAUAAUGUUUGGAAUAGAUUUCUACGUUUUAAGAACAGAACUAUCACACCGUAA